AUGGCGCCCUCCCGUUGGCGCAUACUCGAAGGCAAAACUGCAGCAAUUACUGGCGGAACUACUGGAAUUGGACGAGCGAUAGCCCUCGAAUACCUUCGUCAAGGCUGCAAUGUUGCGAUCAACCACCUGGGUCUCGAGCGGGAUGAGGUAUACAAGGAUAGCUUGCUGAAAGAAGCAGCUGUUCUGAAGGCAGAAAAAGUCGAGGGUGAAAGCACGUCUAAAGCUGGGGAUCUGUUGGAAAUUGUCGGAGAUGUCACAAAGGCAGAGACCGGUGAACUGCUGGUUCAGAAGGCAGUAGAGAAAUGGGGGAAACUGGACAUAUUUGUGGCCAAUGCUGGCAUUUUUCAGGCUGCAGACUUUUUAACACUCGAUCACGAACUCUUCGAUCGAACCGUCCGAAUCAAUCUCAACGGUGCAUUUUAUACUUGCCAAGCAGCUGCGAGGCAGAUGGUCAAGCAAGGACAUGGAGGAUCCAUAAUAGGCAUAUCGUCGAUCAGCGCUCUUGUUGGAGGAGGUCUACAAACACAUUAUACACCCACCAAGGCCGGCGUUUUGUCCUUGAUACAAUCAAUGGCAAUUGCGCUCGCCAAGGACAAGAUUCGGUGCAAUGCCAUACUGCCAGGGACCAUCAAGACACAGUUGGCAGAUGAGGAUAUGAAGAAUGAUGUGAAGAGGAAAUACCUGGAAGAAAGAAUCCCAAUGGGAAGAGUCGGGAAUCCAGAAGAUGUUGCUGGUCCCGCUGUGUUUCUAGCAAGCGAGGAGCUGAGUCCUUAUUGCAACGGCACACAACUACUCGCGGACGGAGGGAUGUUUGUUCACUUACAACAAUCAAGAAUAUUCUUGUCGAUCACAUGUUUCUGGAAUAUGUUAGAGUUGGGAUGCGGAUUCUUGAAACCCUGUUGCACGGUUAUGACGCAAACCACCAGCCUCCGUCUGAAAUGA